AUGCCAGCUUUAUUCUCGUUAAAUUUCAGAAACCAAAACAAAUCAAAGCAGGAAAAAGAUGAGAAUUUUACCAAGGAAACAAAAAUGGAAAGGAUGGAAAUAAUGGAAUCAGAUUUUCACAAUAACCCAGAAAACAUUAAAUUAGUGAUUCAGAAUGAUCAGGUAAAUGUUUCUAAACCAGAUAUUUCAACACAAGUAAAGGAACCUAAAAAGGAGUGUGUACUUUUCCAGUCUGAUACUUUAUGUGAGUACCAGAAACAGAAUCUGGAAGCUGUAGACCCUCUCAAUUCAAAAUGGCACGGAGAAUUUGACAAAAAAGGAAAGAUCUCUUGUAUAGGAAGUCACGGAAAUAUAAGGGUUUUAGCUGGGGAUACCUUGACGUUAAGAUUAUAUAAUGGUAUUAUUCAAGGAGAAAAUUUUGUAGUUACUCUAGAGGAUUUUUUUGGUGACAGAAAAGUUGUUCCUCCGAAAAAUACCGAUUCUCUUGGGAAUUUUUACUGGGACUUAGAGAUGACUGAGCCUGGUUCUAUUCAAAUUUCUAUUUCUAUUACAACUUGUUUUCAAAAAUCAAGGGAGGAAAUUAACCAGCUUAACGACGAAUUAGUGAGUAACAUUAUUAUUGUGGAGCCAAAACUGUAUAUUAACAAGAGCUUUAUCCCAAGCUCAGGUAUUUGCAUGCAGACUAUUCUUAGUCAGUGUUUGGGUAAUAUUCAGAAUUGGAAGAGACGUCUUGAAAUUACUUCAAAACUUAACUACAACAUGGUGCAUUUUACUCCUCUACAAAUUUUCGGUCAAUCUGGAUCCUGUUAUUCCCUAGCUAAUCAGAAUGAAAUAUCGUCUUUGUUCUUUAAUAAUAAGUUUGAUCAAGGCCAUCAAGACCAAAAACAAAAUUUGAGUGAAAAAGAGGUCAAUUUUGGUGAUGUUGAGACCAAUUCCGAAGCUUCUAAGGCUUAUACACCUGAAGAAAAGUAUAAUAUCCUUAAACAAGUGAUUGGUGAACUAGAGACUGAUUAUGGAAUCUUGUCUGCCUGUGACAUAGUGUUAAAUCAUACAGCAGAUAACUCGCCUUGGUUGAGAGAGCACCCAGAAUCCGGUUAUAAUUUGGACAACUCUCCUCAUUUAACAGCAGCUGUUGAACUUGAUCAGAAGUUGCAAGAGUUCUCAAAAAACAUUUAUCAUGGAAAGUAUGCAAAUUCCUAUGGUAUUGACAGAAACAUUACUAGUAUUCAACAUGUUGAUUUGAUUAUUUCUGCUCUUAAGGCUGAGGUGAUUAUUCCUUUUAAUAUCAAAGAGUUCUUUACUUUAAAUAUCCACGAAAUCAUCCAAAAUUCAAAAAUUGAGGAAUCCUCUCAAUUUGGAUUAGAUUCAAAACAACAGAGAGACUAUGAUGAUAUUAUUGAGAAAAUUAAUGCAAACGACACUUUUGAAAAUAAGCUCUACAACCUCUCUCUCUGCUUUUCAUGCUCUAGUAGAUCCAAAAGAAUCUCAAUUCCAUCUUAUAUCCUCAAAAAGAUGGGGCUUUUAAAUAUACAUGAACAAGUAUUAGAGAAGGUCCAGAUCAGACUCUUCGAGUUUACUGAGCAAAUAUCAAACAAUAUAUGUAACUCAGUUAGAGGUCUGGUAAUCUGGGAAAGGCUUGAAUGUAGUAAAGGACCAAUAGGAUUGAAUCACUGGGAAUCCCUGACUCCAAGAUACUUUACUCCAAUUGAAGACCACUCAGGUAAUACCCACUACCUUGCAAAUAAUGGUUGGGUAAUGGGGUGGAAUGCUAAAGAGGAUUUUGCUGCUCCUGGAUCCUUUGUUUAUCUUAAAAGAGAUUUAAUUGUCUGGUCCGACUGUGUAAAGCUCAAGUAUGGAAAGUGUGAGUCUGAUUGUCCAUUUCUCUGGAACUGGAUGUCUGACUAUUGUAGGAGUGUUGCAAACAUAUUCCAUGCAAUCAGACUUGAUAAUUGUCACUCCACUCCUUUACAUGUUGCAAAACAUAUGUUAAGAGUAUGUAGGAAGACUAGACCCAAUAUAUGGGUAUAUGCUGAACUUUUUACAGGAGAUUACCAAGUAGAUCUCGAGUUUGAGAGAACUCUUGGACUCAAUGCUCUAAUCAGAGAGGCUAUGAGAGCUGAAACACCUGGUUCUUUAGGUAACUACGUAAGUAAUUACAGUACAGCUCCUAUAGGAGGUCUUUCCACAGUUCCAAGUAUGUUCCAAACAGUUAAUUCUGAAAAUCUUGAUAAAGAGAACCAAGAAGUCCUUAUCUCAUUACCUAUUCUACAAGGAGCUAAACCUCUCAAAAGAUUCCCAUGUCCAGCGAUCUUCUUUGAUUGUACUCAUGACAAUGAAACUCCUUGUGAGAUCCGAACUCCAAUUGAUACUUUACCAACAGCAGCUUUAGUCGCAUCAACUAACUGUGCUCUUGGAUCUACAAGAGGUUUUGAUGAGAUUGUACCUCAUAACAUUAGUGUAGUCUCAGAAAGAAGACUCUAUCAGAACUAUAUUAUCAAUGUCUAUGGGGAUGGAAAUACCUGUCUUAAGCCUGAAGACUCUGUAGAUUUAAGCUUAAAAUCCAGAUCUAAUAGUUUUGGUCCAUUUCAGAAACUAAGUAGUAACUAUUUGGCAGAACUUUCCACUAUAAAUUGGAAUCUUGGGGAAAUUAAAAAUAAUAAUUCAAAUAUCUCCACAGAAAUUACUGUUGAAUGGAGACAUCCUGCUAAUACUGUUGAAAUACGUGGAGACUGGGAUGACUGGAAAGAAGGUAUUCAACUUGAAAAACAUCCAAAUGGAAAUUUUAUUACAAAACUUUUUAUCAGAUUUGGAAUGAAACCAGAACAAGCUAAUAUACAAGAACAGGAAAUAAAAAGCCAAAAUUCUAACAAAAUCAUUUAUCCAAUUAGCCACCGUCUUCAGUAUGAAUACAAAUACAUUGUAGAUGGGAAUUGGAUGCAUGACCCAAACCUUCCAUACACUUCUGACAACAAAGGGAAUACCAACAACAUCAUUACACUUCUCAAAAGACAAAGAUCGAUUGCUAUGGUAUCCAAAUGGAAACAUGGUGAUCAACUUCCCGGAAUUAUGAGUGCCAGAAAAAUCCUAAAUAAGCUACAUCAACAGAUGGCUUUGUUUGGUUUCAAUGAAUCCCAUGUUUACUAUCUUACUCAAGACAUAUUAAUGGUUCAGAGGUAUAAUCCAAAAAUCCAAGAAAACAUAUAUUUUAUUACCCAUUCUUCUUUUACACAAAACAAGAUUGACCAGCUACCAGAAACCAUUGUUUUGGAUGGUUGUAUCAAAGACACUGUCUUUGCUGGCUCCUUGUUUGUUCCAAACUACACUUCAGUAUACAAAAAUGAUACAAAUAGAAUACAUGGAUUAGAUUCAGAGCUUCACAAAUACAAAAAACUUGAAGAGAUCUCGAGCUACUCUUAUGACCCUGUAAAGAAUAUUACCAUUUUAAACUUUAAUAGAUUUCCUCCAGGAUCUCUAGUUAUCCUUCAUACAAUUAGGCAUAAAGGAUUCAGUGUUACUCAGAAUGCCUUACUAGAGUUCUAUAGAAAUACACAACAGAGCCUACCUAAAGUUCUAAACAAUUGUUUCGAAUCCGAUAAUUGUCAUCCAUCUGAUGCAAUAAAUUACAUCUUAUUUAGUUGUAACAAUGAAGAACUUGAUAGAAGUUGUGGAAGUAGAGGAGUGUAUAAUGUUCCAAAUCUUGGAGAUUUUACCUAUUCUGGGAUUUACAGCUGUAUUCAUGCUUUGGACAGUGCAAGAAAAAUGGAUGACAAUGGUAUAAGUCAUCCUUUUGUCUUACAUCUGAAACAAGGACCUUGGUAUAUUGAUUAUACAAUUCAAAGAUUAAAGGAAUAUAAAGGUACCGGAUUUAAUGGUCAUAAAAAAUCUUAUCCAAAUUAUUUGGAACAGUCAAAUUCUGAAGAUAUCCGUCCAUUAUCAGAACUAGCUAAAUGGGUUGAGACACAGUACUCUUUGAUUAACAAAGUAGCUAAUAUUCCAAUAGAGUAUAUUAUAUCCUACAUAGAUAUAAUGUUUUCCUCCAUAUACAGAAACAUCUUAUAUUAUAUUCUGAACGUUGAGAAAAGCAAAGUUUUACUUGAGACAAGUUCAAAAGAUAUUUCAGAAUUUCUAAUAAAAUUAGAUCCUCUAUAUAUCCAUCUUCAACUAGCGACUUAUCAGGUAUAUUCGUAUGUACCAUCAUCUCCAUUAGUUUGGAAUUCCAAGAUCCCAUCUCUUUCUGCAGGUCUUCCUCACUUCUCAACAGGAUUUAUGAGAAGUUGGGGAAGAGACACUUUUAUUGCAUUCAAUGGAAUUUUGAUUUCCUCUAAAAGGUACCUAGAAGGAAAAGAAGAGAUCCUCGGAGUUGCAAGGUUAAUGAGACAUGGUUUGAUUCCAAAUUUGAUAGAUUCAGGAAACAGGCCAAGAUAUAAUGCAAGAGAUGCUACAUGGUUCUUUUUGAAUGCUGCUCUUGAGUAUUGUGUUAAUGUUCCAAAUGGAUUUCAAAUUCUGGAUGAAGAUAUUGAGCUUAGAUUCCCAAUAAAUCUAGAACAGGACUUAUCAAGAUGCAAAGAAGCGUUUGAGUGGCUUAAACUUAGGUUUGAUUACAGCCAAAGCCAAAAUAGAGAUCUUACAAGCAUUAGAAUACUAAAACUUUCAGAGGUUAUACAAUAUAUCAUGGCUAAACAUGUAAUUGGAAUCAGUUUUAGAGAAGAAAAUGCUGGAAUUCAGUUAGAUGAACAAAUGACUGACUUGGGAUUCAAUAUUGAAAUAAAUUGGGACCCUUCUAAUGGAUUAAUUUUUGGUGGAAAUAUCCAUAACUGUGGAACUUGGAUGGAUAAGAUGGGAUCUUCUUUGAAAGCCAAAAAUAAAGGGAUUCCAUCAUCACCAAGGGAUGGAGCAGACAUUGAGAUUAUUGCUCUUUUAUAUUCGUGUAUUAACCAUAUAAUAAAUUUGCAAAUCUCUAAUAAAUUCCCUCAUAAAGGUGUUACUCACCCAAUUCAUGGAUUCAUCUCUUAUUCAGAUUGGUCAAAACUUAUAAAAACAAACUUUGAACGCUGCUUCUAUAUCCCCUCUAGUGAUAAUAAUGAAUAUUUGGUUGAUUAUAAAAUUGUGAAUAGGAGAGAAAUCUAUAAAGAUACUUUUAAAUCCACCCAUGGGUGGACAGAUUAUCAGCUAAGAUGCAACCUUGCUGUAGCAAUUGGGGUGUCAAAAGAUCUAUUUGAUCCUCAAUUUGCUUUAAAAAGUAUUCAAGCCGUUGAAAAAUACUUAUUUUCUCCAAAUAUGCUUGGAAUUAAAACCUUGGAUCCCUCAGACUAUAACUACAGACCAAACUACGAUAAUUCUAAUGAUUCUGAAGAUUAUAGUGUAGCUCAUGGAUUCAAUUAUCAUCAAGGACCUGAAUGGGUUUGGCCUAUGGGAUAUUUUUUGAUUGCUAAGUUCCAACUUUUAAAGGAAAAAAAUGAAAAGACUAUCGGUGCUGAAAAAGCCACCAAAUUAGCUAUUUCUGAAACUAUGAAACAUCUUAUUAAUCACAGAAACUACCUGAUUUCUGACAAUUGGGGCUCUUUGCCAGAGCUUACUAAUGAUAACGGAUCAUUCUGCAAGGAUAGUUGUUUUGCUCAAGCCUGGUCAGUUGGAACUAUUUUGUAUUUCCUCACAUCUAUAAUAAACAAAAAGUAG